AUGGCCAAGCUCUGGUUCAAAUUCCAGCGGUACUUCCGCAGGAAGCCUGUGCGUUUCUUUACCUUCCUGGUGCUCUACCUGACGGCCGGGAGCCUGGUCUUCCUUCACUCUGGCUUCGUGGGCCAGCCCGCCAUCUCCCAGAGCCAGGCCAGCCCCGCCGCGGGGGUCCAGGCCGAAGGCGCUGAGCUGCCCUUCUUGGGUGACCUGCAUCUGGGCAGAGGCUUCCGGGACACGGGUGAAGCCUCGAACAUUGCCCGCAGGUACGGACCCUGGUUCAAGGGCAAGGACGGGAGCGAGAGGGCCAAGCUGGGUGACUACGGUGGAGCCUGGAGCCGAGCCCUCAAGGGGAGGAUCGUCCGGGAGAAGGAGGAGGAGCGAGCCAAGUACAUCGGCUGUUACCUGGAUGACACCCAGAGCCGGGCCCUGCGAGGCGUGUCCUUUUUCGACUACAAAAAGAUGACCAUCUUCCGUUGCCAGGACAACUGUGCAGAACGGGGUUACCUGUAUGCCGGGCUGGAGUUCGGUGCGGAGUGCUACUGCGGCCACAAGAUCCAGGCGACAAACGUGAGCGAGGCCGAGUGCGACAUGGAGUGCAAGGGCGAGCGCGGCAGCGUGUGCGGCGGCGCCAACCGCCUGUCCGUCUUCCGGCUGCAGCUGGCCCAGGAGUCUGCGCGCAGGUAUGGAAGCGCUGUCUUCCGAGGCUGCUUCCACAGGCCCGACAACCUCUCCCUGGCCUUGCCCGUGACAGCUGCCAUGCCGAACAUGUCCGUGGACAAGUGCGUGGAUCUCUGCACUGAGAAGGAGUACCCGCUGGCGGCCCUUGCGGGCACCGCCUGCCACUGCGGGUUCCCCACCACGCGCUUCCCGCUUCACGAGCGGGAGGACGAGCAGCUCUGCGCCCAGAAGUGCAGCGCGGAGGAGUUCGAGAGCUGCGGGACCCCCAGUUACUUCAUCGUGUACCAGACGCAGGUCCAAGACAACCGCUGCAUGGACAGAAGGUUCCUCCCAGCCAAGUCCAAGCAGCUCAUCGCUCUGGCCAGCUUCCCAGGCGCUGGCAACACGUGGGCUCGCCACCUCAUCGAGCUGGCCACUGGCUUCUAUACGGGCAGCUACUAUUUUGACGGCUCUCUCUACAACAAAGGGUUCAAAGGUGAGCGGGACCACUGGCGCAGCGGCAGGACCAUCUGCAUCAAGACGCACGAGAGCGGCCAGAAGGAGAUCGAGGCCUUCGAUGCCGCCAUCCUGCUCAUCCGUAACCCCUACAAGGCGCUCAUGGCAGAGUUCAAUCGCAAGUACGGCGGCCACAUCGGCUUCGCUGCACAUGCCCACUGGAAGGGCAAAGAGUGGCCGGAGUUUGUGCGGAACUACGCCCCGUGGUGGGCCACUCACACGCUGGACUGGCUCAAGUUCGGCAAGAAGGUGCUGGUGGUGCACUUCGAGGACCUGAAGCGGGACCUGUUCGUCCAGCUGGGCCGCAUGGUCAGCCUGCUGGGCGUGGCCGUCAGGGAGGACCGGCUGCUGUGCGUGGAGAGCCAGAAGGACGGCAACUUCAAGCGCUCGGGGCUCCGGAAGCUCGAGUACGACCCCUACACGGCCGACAUGCAGAAGGUCAUCUCUGCCUACAUCAAGAUGGUGGACGCGGCCCUGAAGGGGAGGAACCUCACCGGUGUUCCUGACGACUACUACCCCAGAUGAUGCAUCAGGCAGGGAAGGGGCCGGGAGUCCCGCCCGAGCAGGGGUCUCGAGACUCCUGGGGACGCCCCCCCCCACCCCAACCCAUCUGUCCUCUCUCUCUGGCUUGGGGACAAUCCCCUUGGCCGCUGUCGGCCUUCAGUGACUUUGCUGCAUGACCAAGGAGGCUCGAGGGAAGAGACUGGGCACUCCCCACCCUUGGAGGCGCAGGGGGCCCCUGGUUUGGAGACAUUCUAGCCACGUGGACCCUUUUCUGUCUCCUCUGCCCCUGCCCCCCCCCCCCGCCACUCUGGGCCCCACCUGUGGGAGGGAGGGCUCACGGUGGCCCCAGGACACGGGUGUCCCACUGCAGAUGUCAAGGACCUCGAUGCCAGGGUGGAAGGGACUGUAGCAGGAGAAAGUGGCCCCAGACUCUCUUCCCUUCUGGGCUGAACAUUCACGGCCUCCCCCCACCUUCUCCCCUCCACCCCCGGAGUCACAGGCACCAACACUUAUCCGGGCCGCUUCUGUUUGAAGAAGGAUCUCAGACAGCCCGGGUGGGGUGCGGAGGCCAUGAUGCUCACAGGACGUUAACGGGCACCACUGCAUGGGGGCGCUGUUGUCAUGAGCCCACCUCUCGCCACAGUGCUCCUGAGAAGCCAUCGGGUUGGUUGGCCACCUCUAGGGCCGGAAUUCUGCCCUUUUCUUCCCCUGCUGUAGCCAGAAGGUGACCUUGGGAUCUUUGAUCUCCCUUCUAGGGGUUCUCAGGCGCCAAUAGUCACCCCACCAGGAUGGCCACAUGCAGAAUCUUGAGUAACACAGCUCUCUGUUGUGGCGCCCAACACAUUGAUCCUACACUGCCCUCUGACCCCUACCAGUGGGUCCUUUGCUAUCCGGAUGAGAGAGCAAAGUGCUCCAAAUCAGGUGGGACCAUGACCCUACUACCUUCCCAGACCAUUGACCUCCCCUUGGUCAUAGUCCAGUGGGGCUGGCCUCCCUCAGAAUGGGAAUGGUUCUUCAUUUCCAUACAAGCACUGCCCCCUUGGUGGUUAAGACCUCAAACCAAAGGAUUCUCAAGGACCUGGGUUGCUAAUUCUCUGUCUUUGAAAGCAUCGAUUCAGGACCCAUCUUUCCCCCGCCUCGGAUACCAGUGGCUUCACAUCCAGCCCAUACCCGUGCACCUGUCUCAUUCCCUACCACGUAGAUGCAAAAGCCAUAGGUCACAGAUCUUUGCUAUUCUGUCUGGAGCAGCCCCCCCCACUCAGCCCCUUCGAAGGCUCGGGGGGCAGGUAAAAAUGCCCAUUCCCAAAUACCCAAGAGACUAGGGAGAAGGAGCGUGUAAAGAGAUAUAUUUUUUUAAGAGGAAUAGAACUAAUACGUUCUGCCCCUUGGCACUUGGCCACUCGAAGAGAAGGGCUUAGGGAUUGACCCUGUGUUUCUCUUCCCUGAUUCCCUCAGCUGUGGGAUUCGGGCCACCGCAGGGCCCAGCCAGGGGGCCCUGAAUGUAUUUUAUACCAUGUUUCUUCCCCCACCCCCCACCCAGGCUAAUUUCUAGUCUUUUGAGAAGCAGUCGAGGGUGUGGCCUCCCCUCCCACUUAGAGAUCAGCGCUCUCUGGGGUGACUCUUGGUCCAAGACCUGGGCCAGCUCUGCUGGUGGCCACUCAGGCCACAAGCCUCAGUCCGAAGAUUCCUCAGGUCAACACCAUCAUUAAAAAGCGAGUUUUGUUGAGUA